CGGUUUCUGGGGCUGAAAGAUUUCACAGCAAAGGAGUUACAUGGAAUAUGAGCAAAAGUAGUACCACCUUCUCAGAGCCUGAGAAGGGAGAUAUGGAGAACUAAAAGAAGGAAGAAGUGGGAGUUUUGUUUUGGCAAUGUACUAUUUUAUUAGGGUGGAUUGUUAGUAUCACUUAUGUAUGGAUUUAUUUUUAUUGUGUUUAUUUAAUAUUUUAAAACCAAAGGUUUUCAAAGCUCUAUUCUCAUUGGUUGAAAAUGUUUUAGCCUCUUUGUCCCUCCCCAAAAUCUUACUUGGCUUUCUACAUGCAACUACCCCAGCGUUGUGUUAUGGAGGUUUGUUAGCGGGUGGGGAGGACCAGAAUCGGGUAACGAUUGACCCUGUUUAACUAAACUGGCAGUACAUCGUGGCUGGGGGGUCGCCCUGACGAGUUUUAAACGUGUAGAUCGACUCAUAUUUUGCCCUUUGAUCGACUGGUCUUCCAAUGUCGGAUUUCAAGCUUGGGAUUGUUCGACUUGGCCGUGUGGCCGGGAAGACAAAGUACACACUGAUCGAUGAACAGGACAUACCAUUGGUGGAGAACUAUGCCUUCGAGGCACGCAUGGAUGUCGAUGCAGAUGGCAAUGGGGCAAGGAUCUUUGCUUAUGCCUUCGACAUUGGCAAGGGGCGCUGGGCUGGUAGGCCGCUGCAUGAGCUGCUCUGGGAGAAGCACAGAGGAGGCAUUGCUCCCAGCUUCCAAGUUGUCCACAUCAACUCUGUCACUGUCGAUAACCGUCUGGACAACCUGCGACUGGUCCCCCUGGGUUGGAGCCCCAAACCAGAGGAAAUCUCCAGCAAACAAAGAGAGCAGUCUCUGUACUGGCUGGCCAUCCAGCAGGUACCAGCUGACCCCGUAGAGGAGCAGUACCUGGAGCUCAGUCGUACACGGUACUACAACGCUAACGGCGAGCUGGUGGAGGAGGAGGAGUGCUCCUGUACUUACUAUGAGUGUCACUACCCACCCUGCUCGCUCAUCGAGAGGAGACUUAGAGAGUUCAACAUCUGUGGUCGCUGUCAGGUGGCUCGCUACUGUGGCUCCCAAUGCCAGCAAAGGGACUGGCCCGCCCACAAGAAGCAGUGCCGCGAGCGCAAAAGGGUCCUGGCCCUGGAGUCUGAACCAGAGCGAUGAUCUCUGGAUCAACCACCAGGAUAGGGGAAUUGGGGGGAAGAUUGUGAAUGAAGUAAAAAGAAAAAAAAUUUGCCCACAGAGAAUGAUGACAGAGGACAAUGUUGGUUGGGUAAAAAAACAAAACAAAAAAAUGCUACAACAACCAUUUCCCAGAACUGGCAAAUCUCCAUAUUAUUAUUUACAUGUCAAUGGGGAUGAUGGGAAGUGUGUAUAAAAGAAAUUGGAGCGGGAGAUCCUCCUCGAGCUCUACCUGCUGCUAUGGAUUUGUAUGUUUUAGUAAGACGAGGUCACAUGGAUAAAUUGCUUCUUUUGGACAGCAAUUGAUUAUCGACUGUUGUUGUCAUUAGCUUUCUCCUUCCUUCCACCCACCAACCUGUAAUGCCAUGUACAGGGACAUAGGGAGGUCCGUACCUGCUGCUCACCUGGUUCAAUAGGACAUGGACCUUUUCACUGUUCUACUACUUGGACCUCUGCUGCACACACUCACAGUCAUCUCCUUGUCAUGCUCUAAGACCAACAUACAGCAGAUAGAUUUACUGUUCUGUGUCACACUAACAGUAUUGUGUGUGCUGCCAUUUUGGACUGAAGGACAUGGAUGAUGUGCUGAACAUUGGGGGGGAAGGGUGUUUUGUUCUGUGUAUAGCCCUUUUUUUUGUCCCUCUUUUUGUCGGGAGGGUUGGGAAGGGGUAAUCAACUUUGGCUUAAUCACUUGUAGAGGCAUUGUUACUUUCCUGUGCUGAACAUCCCUGAAUGAAUCUGCGAUCGGUCGGUUGCCCAUCCAGAUGCCCACAAACACAGUCCCUGUCGCUAACGCUAAUGUUCCAGGGAUAUACUGGGGGAAAACUUGGAAAACCCACUCACCCAGGUUGGCCAUUGGACAGGCUAUGUCAGUUCGUUCUUGGGAUUGUAUGAAAUGGGCCGAAUUCAAUUCCAUUGUUUUCUACACGUCAGUCAUCAAAGAGAUAUCUGUUCUAUGCCCAAUGAUCACUCCCUAAGUGUGCUAAUCACUCCCUAAGUGUGCUAUUCAUGAACACCUGCUCAAAGUUUGUCUUCCUGUUGUGUCUUAGAUGGUGAUGAUGAAUCCUGACACACUCACAGAUAAUGCAUGUAACAAGCAGACCGUCAUAAUACAUGCAACACAUGAUUGUUUUUUAUGUAUGUGGACGGGUUCAUAACACUGCACUGAAUUGUUUUAACACACCCCACUAUUAUCUUUGUCAUAGAGAUGGGAAAAGUUUAGCGGUAGGGAGAGUUGACUGUUGGGUGUAAAAAUUAUAAUUUAUUUUAUAGAAUGAAAGAAUGAAUCACAGAAUAAAAAGCUACAUUAUGUGAGCAGGAGUAAAGUUGGGGUUAACUAGCUAUUUCUUUUCACUGUAAAAUGAUCAAAUGAAAUAAAAUGAUUCCCAUGGA